AAAAGGGAAAUGAGCACUUGCAAUAGCAUCAGUUUUAGAUCAUCUGUAAAGUUUCAUGUAAUGAACUUGUCAAGCCAAAUGGAUAGACUGCCCUACACCUAUAUGCUGAUAUUUUGCUCUUUUACAUUUGUCUGCAUCGUUGGAAGAGCUCCAGGAACUAAUCAAACCAUCUCUGCGAACUCCGACACAUCUUCUUCUCCUAAACUUUAUGUUGUCAGAAAUGAAGCUUUCAAUGUGGGGAGUGAUGUUAACCUGACAUGCAGCAAUAAAACAUGGAAUGAGAUGAUGUAUGUCAUCUGGGCAAUAGACAUGAAAUACAAUUCAGAAGAAUGUAAGAUAGCCUUUGACAAUGAAGGCCGAAGCGAUGACUCCUGCCAAGAUGGAAAGUCACUUCGAAACACAUCCAGUGCUCAGUCAUACCUGCACAUCCCAAACUUCUCAGAUUAUGAUGUGGGGGUCUACAAGUGUGAGGCAGUUUACAGAAGACUAAACGAAAAUUAUGAGAUCCACGUGGCUAUAACAGUUCCUCCCAGUAUAUCAGCCUGGUUAGAACGCAAGGACAACAGGAUGGUGGCAGUGUGCAAAGCUGAAAGUGGAAUACCUGCUGCCAACAUCAGCUGGAGUCAUAUGGGAAACUCAUCAACUGUGGAAACAUUGCUUGACUCACGUGGAUUUUAUACAGUAGAAAGUCUUCUGGAGCUUCCAGAGGGAAUGGAUACAGUUAACCUGAGCUGUGUGAUCAGGCACCCAUACUGGAAAGGGGAAAAGACUUUGGUACCGGAGCUCCAAAAAGGGUAUGUUUCUUGGCUGCGUGUCCUUAUUGUUGUGGUGAUCAUUGCGUUUUUGACAGGAGUAUUAUUUUUUGCACAAAAGAAACCAGUAAUGUUCAGGUGAUUCCAGCAGUCCGACGACACCUCACCAUCCAGAUCCCCACUGAUGGAGGAUGUGGAGCCCUACCCUAACCAUACCUGUUCUGCCAUCUAGUGGUGCAGAUCAAAACAUAGUUCAUCAUCAUGAUCAGCGCUGUAUAACAGUCCAUGAUAAGAUGUCUAUAUAAUACUAAUAACACACUUAAAUCUAGUAUUGCUGAAAAGAAUAAACAAAUAGACAGCCAGGGUCUAGACGUCCUGUUUGAAUUCUGCUAUUAAACCCCACGCUACUGCAACUAUAAUUAGUGUUACCCUCACAUUGACUAUUUAGUUGACAUGGUCAUAGUUUAUGGAAAAAAAAGAGGAAACAUGACACAGUUGAAGUCUCUAAUCUUUCACUUUUCUGGUGAACACAUUAACAUGAUGAUUUCCUCUCUGUAAUGUAGCAAAGAACCAUACUGAGGGGAUCAUUACCUUUCAAAUCUUUUCAGUGACGCAGUUGAUUAUUACAACAGAAUGAUGAACAAAAGUAUUGGUAUUCUGUAAAGUUUUAAUCAAUUAAAAAUAUCAAUUAAACCACAA